GCUGCCCCCUGGUCCGGCACCCCUGGUCCGGUGGUCCGUCCGUGUGGAAGGGAACCAGACUGCCCUCUGCGCCGGUCUGCUCGGUUUGGGAAGGAGCGGACCUUUUAUCAGGCAGCGUCCUUAUCUGGCCGGGACCUCCCGAGUUUCAGACCAUCUCACUGAAGGUGUGGAAGUGCGCAAACACGGUGGGACAGCGUCUCCACCACCUCCAGCUUGUAGAGGGGAUCAACCCAAGGUGCUAAAAUGUACCAAAGCCUCACUUUAUCCUCCAAUCAGUCGCCUUAUGCGCAUGACACCGGGAAUUACAUGCAUCCCAGUGCCAGCUCCCCGGUCUACGUGCCCACCACCAGAGUUCCAGCCAUGCUGCCCACCCUGCCCUACCUGCAGACCUGCGACUCCCCCCACCAGGCCCACGGGCUCGGCAGCCACCACGGAUGGCCCCAGACCGGCACGGACAGCGCCUCUUUUACGCCCAGCAGCCCCCACCCUCCGCCGGGCUUCUCCUACUCGCACAGCCCGCCCGUCAGCACCAACACGGGCCGGGACGCGGCUUACCAGAACCCUCUGGUGCUCGGCAACGGCGGCCGGGCGGAGCAGUACGGCGGCGCCCUGGUGCGCUCGGUCGGCGGCUCCUACUCGAGUCCGUACGCGUACAUGAACCCGGACAUGGCGACUUCUUGGACGUCCGGCCACUUCGAGAGCAGCGUGAUCAGUCUGCAAGGACGGCAAGGGGGCCUGUCCGGGAGACGCUGCAGUCUGGAUGUGAUGGAGGAGCUGCCGGGGGAGGGCCGCGAGUGCGUCAACUGCGGCUCCAUCUCCACGCCGCUGUGGCGGCGGGACGGCACCGGCCACUACCUGUGCAACGCCUGCGGCCUCUACCACAAGAUGAACGGCAUCAACCGGCCGCUCAUCAAGCCCCAGAAGCGCCUGCAGACCACGUCCCGCCGCGCAGGCCUGUGCUGCACCAACUGCCACACCAGCACCACCACGCUGUGGAGGCGCAACGCCGAGGGAGAGCCCGUCUGCAACGCCUGCGGCCUCUACAUGAAGCUGCACGGGGUGCCCAGACCUCUGGCCAUGAAGAAAGAGAGCAUUCAGACCAGAAAGCGCAAACCCAAGAUGCCCAAGACCAAGACCCCCGCAGGAGGAUCCGCAGCCUCCGACAACGGCUCUCCGACCUCCCUGUUGGUCUCAGAACACGCCUCCACCAUUAAGAGCGAGCCCAGCAUGGCUCCUUCCCCAUAUGCUGGACAGACCGUCACAGCGGUCACUCAGGCGUCUUCCCAGCUAGGCCGUCCCGCAUCAGGAAACGCGGACAUCAAAUACGAGGACUACUCUUUCGCCCCAUCCUCCAUUGCAGCACAGAACUGGUGCGCUCUUUCCCAGGCAUGA